AUGGCCCCGGCCGGCGCGGCGAGGCGCGACGAGUCGCCGGCGGGUGCGAGAGGGACGCCGCUAUGCGCCGCGCCGAGCGAGCCGGAGCGCGGCAAAAACAUCGGCGCGGUUAUCGCGCGCCCCCGGCCCGCACCGCACCCCGCCCCGCCCCGCAUUAACCUCGUCGGCGGGGGUCGAGUCGCCCGCUGCCUCGUCUCGAGCGCCUUCGCUCGCUCUGUGAACGCGCCCGUUCUCUACUAUAUUGGCCCUCGUCGAUCGCCGUCGGCCCUCUGUUGUUUGCUCCUUCCGUCGUUUGUACCGUUCGACGCGCGUCGCGAACGAGCCGCGCUGACGAUUGAUUUACGAGCCGAGGACCCACUUCUUUUUGAAACGGAUCUGACCGGUCAGAACAGCAAUGACUCUGGCGGCAGUGGUGGCGCGGGGCGCUCGUCGACACCGCACCUGAGGCCGACGCCCAGCCCCACCGGCUCCAGCGGAUCACGAUCCAUGUCACCGGCUGUCGGCACCCAGAACGUUCCGAUGCCGCCGCGGCCGUCGUCCUCGCUGUCGGACGGCGGUGGGCCUGCGGUGAGGGGCGUCGGCCCCGCCGGGCCCGGAGCGCCCGGCGCGAUGGUGGCGCAGCCCUACCACCACGCGUACAAGGCGGCCCACUACCCGCCGCAGCCCUACGGCUACCCGCCGAGGAACCACCACCCGUACCCGUACGCGGGCUACAGGCCCGCGCCCCCGCCCCAUCCGCCCCAGCACUAUCCACCGCUCAAGGGCGCGCGGCACAUGGGCCCGCCGGGCGAGGCGAUGCCGCCGCCGGUGGCGCCGGGCGAGCAAGACAACAACGGCCCCGCUGCGCCCGCCACCGCGCUCGUCACCACCGGCCCCGACGGGGCGCCCCUCGACGAGGGCAGCCAGCAGAGCACGCUCAGCAACGCCUCCGCAGCAUCGGGGGAGGAGCAGUGCGGCUCGAAGGGUCGCAAGGAGGUGGGCGCCGGCAGCGCUGCCCCUUCGCCGUCGCCCGGCGGCGGCUCCCACUCGUCGAUGCACGACGACUACGACGCGCCGGCCGCCUGGCCAAGGCCCCCCUCCAGCCCCGUGUUUAACAGUCACAUACCGCCGGAGUCCUACAGAUCAAAGAAGUCGGACUCGCUGGGCAAGCUGUACGAGAUGGACGACGCGCCCGAGAGGCGGGGCUGGGUGGAGAGGCUGCUCGCGUUCAUGGAGGAGAGGCGCACCCCGAUCGCCGCCUGCCCCACCAUCUCCAAGCAGCCGCUCGACCUCUACCGCCUCUACCUGCUGGUGCGCGACCGCGGCGGCUUCGUCGAGGUGACGAAGAACAAGACGUGGAAGGACAUAGCGGGCCUGCUGGGCAUCGGCGCCUCGUCCUCGGCCGCGUACACGCUGCGCAAGCACUACACGAAGAACCUGCUCGCCUACGAGUGCCACUUCGACCGCGGCGGAAUCGACCCCCAGCCCAUCAUCAACCAGGUCGAGGCGUCCACCAAGAAGAAGGGCGGCAAGUCCAACAACACCGCCAGCGCCGGGUCGUCCAACUCGCAGGAGUCGUUCCCGGGCGGCGGCACGCCGGCCGCCGGCGGCGCCAUGGACGGCUACGGCGCGCAGUACGCCGGCUACCCGCCGCCCUCCAGCCAGCCGCAGGGUUACCAACAAGGUUACGGGUACGAAUAUGGAUCUCCAUACCCAUCAAAUAGGCCUGUUUAUCCUCCGUAUGGGCCCGAGGGUGACAGGGCGUACGGCACCGGCGAGUACCGGUACGGCGGCUACGCGGGCGGGUACCGCGCGGGCGCCCCGCCGCCGGCCGGCACCCCGCCGCCCGCGCAGCCCUACCCGGACUACUACCGGCCGCAGCCGGCGCCGCACGCGCUGCCGCAGCACCCGCCCCACCCGCAGCACCCGCCCCACCCGCAGCACCCGCAGCACCCGCCGCACGCGCAGCACCCGCCGCACGCGCAGCACUCGCCGCACGCGCAGCAGCAGCCGCCCAUCGAGAUGUCGGGCGGUGCGCAGCAGUCGGUCGGUAACCUAAUGAGCUCGCAGCUCGCGCGGCAGCUGGUGGCGCCGCUGCCGCCCAGCGCGCGCCCCUACUACGGCGGCGGCAAGGGGGGGGGCGCGGGCGGCGCGGGGGCGGGCGCGGGCGCGGCGGCGGCGGCGGGCGGCGCGGCGGGCGGCGGGCCGGCGGGCGCGCCGCGGCGCCACCCCGACUUCGCCAAGGGCGAGCCGUUCGCCGCGGGCGGCGCCCGCUUCCCGGCCGCGUGGGGCGGCGGCUUCGCGCGCUCGCCGGCGCCGCAGCCCGCCUGGCGGCCGCCGAUGCCCGCCGCGCAGCCGCCGCCCUGGCCGCACCAGCCCUACCAGCCGCAGACGCCGGGCGGGCCGGCGUGGGGCGCGCCGAGGCCACCGCUGGAGCUGCCACCCGCCGCGCCGUCGCCCGGUUCGGUUCCGGGCGUAGGUGCUGGGCAGAUCAAACGAGAGUUAACUUUCCCUCCCGAAUGUGUGGAGGCGACAGUGCCGACCGGUGAAAAACGGCGGCGGCUUACCAAAGCCGAUGUCGCACCCGUGGACGCGUGGCGCAUCAUGAUGGCUCUUAAGUCUGGAUUACUCGCGGAAACGUGUUGGGCCCUCGACAUCCUGAACAUUUUGCUCUUCGACGACAACUGUAUAGGUUACUUCGGACUGCAGCACAUGCCCGGUCUCCUGGAUCUGCUGCUGGAACACUUCCAUAGGAGUUUAAGCGACGUAUUCGACGCGCCGAUACCCGAGAACGAGCCGUGGUACGCGACGCCCACCGCGCCCGAACCUCCCGCCAAGGUGCGCCGAAGAGUGGAGCCGCCCGACCCCGGCGACGGCGUGCGUCUGCUCUCCGGCGAGAACUACACCUUCCAGUCGAGGAGGCGGCACCCGGUCGUGUACAAGAGCGACGACGACCUCUUCGCGCCCGACGACUGCGAGUCGGACGGCGAGCGCGUGGAGGACGUGCUCGAGCCGUGGCAGUUCGGCGGCGACUCGGCGGGCGCCGCGCACGUGGUGCCCUGCUUCCGCGGCGAGUUCCUGCCGCUGCCCUUCGUGCGCCUGCUGCCCGGCGAGCGGCCGCCGUCGCCGGCGCGCGCCUCGCCGCGCCCGCGCCCCGCGCCCGACGCGGCCGCGCCGCGCUCGCCCGACGCCGCCUCGCCGCCGCCGCCCGGCGCCGCCGGCGACGCCGACAACCUGGAGGCCGAGCCCAUGGAGCUGGAGCCCGAGCGGCGGCCCGCGCUGCUCGUGCGCGACCCCGCCGGCGUGCUCAAGCGGCGGCGCCUCGAGGACUACGAGGACGAGUGCUACACGCGGGACGAACCCAGUUUGAACCUUGUGAACGAAACGCGGGACGCGCUCGCGAAACGGUGCAUCGCGCUCUCGAAUAUCCUGCGCGGCCUCACGUUCGUGCCCGGCAACGAGGCGGAGUUCUCCCGGUCGAGCGCGUUCCUGGCGCUGGCGGGCAAGCUGCUGCUGCUGCACCACGAGCACGCGCCGCGGGCGGCGAGGGCGCGCGCCUACGAGCGGGCGGCGCGCGACGAGGCCGACGUGGAGGCGUGCUGCUCCAGCCUGCGCGGCGAGGGCGAGUGGUGGUGGGACACGCUGGCGCAGCUGCGCGAGGACGCGCUCGUGUGCUGCGCCAACAUCGCGGGCAGCGUGGAGCUGGCGGGGCAGCCGGAGGCGGUGGCGCGGCCGCUGCUGGACGGGCUGCUGCACUGGAGCGUGUGCCCGGCGGCGGUGGCGGGCGACGCGCCGCCGGCGGCCGCCGCGGGCUCGCCGCUGUCGCCGCGCCGGCUCGCGCUCGAGGCGCUGUGCAAGCUGUGCGUGACGGACGCCAACGUGGACCUGGUGUUGGCGACGCCGCCGCGCGGGCGCGUGGCGCAGCUGUGCGCGGGUCUGGCGCGCGACCUGUGCCGGCCCGAGCGGCCGGUGGUGCGCGAGUUCGCCGUCAACAUCCUGCACUACCUGGCGGGCGCGGGCGGCGCGGCGGCGCGCGAGGUGGCGCUGCACGCGCCCGCCGUGGCGCAGCUGGUGGCCUUCAUCGAGCGCGCCGAGCACGCGGCGCUGGGCGUGGCCAACCAGCACGGCGUGGCGGCGCUGCGCGACAACCCCGACGCCAUGGGCACCUCGCUCGACAUGCUGCGCCGCGCGGCCGCCACGCUGCUGCGGCUGGCCGAGCACCCGGAGAACCGGCCGCUCAUCCGUCGCCACGAGCGGCGCCUGCUCUCGCUCGUCAUGAGCCAGAUCCUCGACCAGAAGGUGGCCCACGAGCUGGCCGACGUGCUGUACCACUGCAGCCAGCGCAGCGACCUCGAGCCGCACCACGAACAC